AAGGAUUCUUCAUCCUCGUUGGGUCUCGCUCUCUCUCUUUCUCUUUCCCUCGGGCUGCCGGUCGUCUCUGGUGCCCUCAUUCAUCGCCUUCCGUUGUCAAGUAAAACAGCUGAUCGGGUUCCCGCCGUGGCCGUGAAAUUAAACCACAGCUCAACCCGACUGACCAGAAGUGCUGGUGGUGUUGGUUUCGCAUACCGUUCCUGGCGUUCAGCCAAACACGCGCUCAAAAGAAGCGCGACAAAGUGUGCUCCCUCCCCAGAUUGGGGCCCAGACUUGUGGGGCUCGUAUACCCGUUCGAGGGAAAACUCGUUCGAACGCGCGUUAGUUCUCGUUAACCCUUUGCCGGUGCGGGUGACGCACUAUUGUUACGAGGCGUUGGGGCUGCGCGGGGUCUGGACAAACAUGGCAUCCGUUGUUUGCGCGCACUGGUGCCGCUGAGCAUGUUGAGUCUUUCGUGUCACCGUUCCAGUUCCUGAAGUGUGGAGUGCGUGAUAAAUCAAUCCUCAGACCACCGAGAUUGGUCAUUUAUCAGUGCGACCAGCCUGUGCCAAACACAUAUGCGGCGCCGUAUCUCGCGUCGCUCUUCCGUCGCACUGCAACCAUCAUCAUCUCGAUUCAACGGCGCAGUGAGGUCGCGGUCGCCGUCGCCAUCGUCGCCAGUAGCAACAGAGUGAACAGUAGACGGUACGCUGCGCGACGGUGAUGGAGGCGCCACGCAUUAAGCUUAGCCCGAACCCACGCCAACGGGCUGGCCUACUUUCGGUGCUCACCUUCUGGUGGACGAUCGAUAUGUUCCGGCAGGGCAACCGGAAGCGGUUCGAGCUACACGAUCUCUACACACCACUCGACGAGGAUCAAGCCGAUCGGUUGGGUGAUCGGUUAGAAAGAUGCUGGAACGAACAACUAGCUCGCAGGCAACGGAACCCGGCCUAUCAACCGUCGCUAGUUCGAGCGAUCUUUCGUUCGCUAUGGAAGGAAUGGGCGAUCCUCUCCGUGUUGGCUCUGCUCGCGGAGGUUGUGCUACGACUUGCGCAACCAAUCUUUCUCGGCCGACUGCUGCUCUACUUCCGGGCACAGAGUAACAUUUCGCAUGAGGAAGCCACCUACUAUGCGAUCGGCAUGAUUGUGACGCGUGGCUUCAUUGUGCUCUGUGACAAUCAGUACGGUAUCAUCACCUGCCUGACCGGUGUGAAGACGAAGAUUGCAGUGUGCAGUGUGCUGUACCGGAAGUCGUUGCGCCUCUCGCGAACCGCACUGGGCGAUACGUCACCGGGCAAGGUAGUGAAUCUGCUGUCGAACGACGUUAAUCGGUUCGACAUCGCGUCCUAUCUCGUGUGCUUCAUGUGGACCUCACCGGUGGUGAUGGUGCUGUCGGCCGUGCUGCUCUGGUACGAGGUCGGUUGGUCCGGUGUGAUAGGCUUGCUGGCGGUAGCCAUCAUUACUCCGAUUCAGUCCUACACCGGUAGCCUAACGUCCCGCUAUCGCCUACGGACCGCAUUGAAAACCGAUGAAAGGAUCCGGUUGAUGGAUGAAAUCAUUGCCGGCAUAGCCGUGAUCAAAAUGUAUGCCUGGGAGCGCCCCUUUGCCAAGCUCAUCUCACAGGCACGCUACAAGGAACUGCGCGAGGUGCUCAAGAAUGGCUACCUGCGAGCCGCCCACAUGACCUUCCAGCUCUUCACGACCCGUGCCGCCGUGCUAGGCGUUAUGCUAGCGUUUAUUGCGCUGGAUGAGGACAUAUCGGCGGCGAAGGUAUUCGUUGCCAGUAGCUAUCUCUCGAACGUUUCCUACACGAUGGCGGGCAUGUUCGGGCGUGGUGUUGCCGAGCUCGGUGAAGGUCUGGUAGCCACUCGUCGCCUACAGGCAUUCCUAGAGUAUGACGAAGUUCGCGAGGACCAGAAAGCACCGAAAGAACCGGCUACCCGCGAGUCGAACGGUGAUCUAGUGGAAAAUUGUGAACCAGCAGAAAGGAAACGGCUGCUUCACGAGGACGAUCCGCCAGCGGACGAUGUGGUCAUUUCGUUGCGCAAUCUUACGGCACGAUGGACGGUUCCGGAUCAAUCCAUCAAGGAAUCACCGAUCACGCUGAACGACAUCAAUGUUGACUUUGGGCGUGGUAAACUGAUCGGCAUCGUCGGUCCGGUUGGAGCGGGGAAAAGCUCACUACUGCAGGUCUUACUACGGGAGCUUCCCGUCGAGCAGGGAGCUCUGUUGAUGGGAACCAAUUCUUCACCGACCAUCGCCUACGCCAGCCAGGAACCGUGGCUUUUCAGCGGUACACUACGGCAGAAUAUUCUCUUCGGGGAGUCGAUCGAACAGCACCGCUACCGGCAGGUGCUGAAGGUGUGCGCUUUGCAGCCCGAUUUGGCUCAGUUGCCGGCCGGUGACAUGACGCAGAUCGGUGAGCGCGGAGUAUCACUGUCCGGUGGUCAGAAAGCUCGUGUUUGCUUAGCGCGAGCAGUCUAUCGGCAGGCCGAUGUGUAUCUGCUGGAUGAUCCGCUGAGCGCGGUUGAUGCCCACGUUGCCAAGCACCUGUUUGAGCUUUGCAUUGCAAAUGGAGGUUUCCUGACACGCCGCAAUUCCCGGGCAACCCGGAUCCUCGUCACCCAUCAGAUACACUUCCUCCAGCAAGCGGAUUGGGUCGUCGUAAUGAAGGAGGGUAGAGUCGCAGCUCAAGGAACGCCACACGAUCUUCAAGAACGGGGCAUCGAGCUGGAGCACAUCGAAGACCGAGAGGAGAAGGAAGCUGCGACAGCUCCGAUGCACAGCAGAACAAUUUCGCACACCUCGACUACCUCGAACGUAACGAUAGACAGUGCCGCUCCGCUGGAUGAUGUCUCCGAUGGACAAGGUGGAGAACGAGAUCGUGCGACGAAGGAAGGCACAAACGAUCAACAAAAUCGCCAUAAGCUGCCGGGCUCGAAGGUGUUCCUGCAAUACGUUUCCAGCGCUGGCAGCUGGUUCAUCUUCGUCACGCUGAUCGGGCUGUUUACAUUCACACAGCUAGCGGUCAGUGUGACCGAUUGGUGGGUCUCGUACUGGACCUCACUGGAAGAACAAAGAGCCAUACCUGCAAUGGCAAUGUCCGCUAAUAGCACCGAGAGCACCGAAGCGUCACCAUCUAAUAUAAUCAGCCAGGAUAUUUGCGUUUACAUCCACGUAACGCUGGUAGCGACCAUAUUCAUUGUGGCCAUGACACGGGCGUUUGGAUUCUACAAAGCGUGUGGUCGUGCUUCCCAGUCAAUUCAUGAUCGUGUAUUCGAGGGUUUCAUUGCCGCACCGAUGCGAUUCUUCGAGACGAACCCAUCCGGUGGCAUUUUGAAUCGAUUCUCGAAGGAUAUGGGCUCGAUGGAUGAGUUGCUGCCAAAAUCGAUCAUGGAUGCGACGCAAACGUUACUCAUGUUUGCCGGUGCUAUGCUGGUAGUGAUGUUUGUGCAACCAUACUUUCUACUCCCUAUUCUACUUUUGCUGGCCGGAUUACUCGUUACUAGGCGCAUCUAUUUACGAACGUCCCAGAGCACACGCCGGCUGGAGGCAGUCACCAGAUCACCGAUAUUUACCCACAUUGCGGCCACGCUGACGGGAUUGCCCACGAUUCGCUCGUACGGUGUCCAACGGUUGCUCGUUCAGGAGUUCGAUACACAUCAGAAUGUUAAUACGGGCGCCUGCUUCAUGUUUCACUCGGGCCGUAUUGCCUUUGGACUGCUGCUGGAUACGAUUUUCUUCCUCUUCUUCGCCUCGGUUACGCUAAGCUAUCUGCUGUACGAUGACGAUGCAAUCGGGGCCAUCGUUGGGCUUGCGAUCACGCAGAUCAACAGCAUCGGCAGCCAAAUGCAGUUCGGCAUUCGGCAGAGUGCGGAGAUGUUUAAUCAUCUGGUUGCCGUCGAGCGUUUGUUUGAAUAUCGGAAUCUGACUCCGGAGGAAACCCUUAAGGUGCCGGAGACAAACUCUGCUUCUGCACCACCCAGUCUUUCAGCCGUUGCAUCAUCGAUCGUGCCAAGCGAAUGGCCUACUCAGGGAGUCAUCGAGUUCUGUAACGUUGCCUUCCGUUACGCCGAACAGGAACCGACCGUUCUUCGGCAGCUAUCGUUCCGGGUGGCAGCACGGGAAAAAGUGGGCAUCGUAGGUAGAACGGGUGCCGGCAAGUCUUCCAUAAUAGCGGCCCUCUUCCGAAUGGCACACAUUGUUGAGGGAGAGAUCCGUAUCGAUGGUCUAAGCACGGCCAGUAUACCGCUCGAACGGCUUCGUUCGCACAUCUCCAUCAUUCCGCAGGAUCCGGUUCUCUUUUCCGGUACACUACGCCGAAAUCUGGACCCCUUCGAAAGCUAUCCGGAUGCGGAUCUAUGGCGAGCGCUCGAACUGGUGGAACUACGUGAACUGGCCAACGAAACCUCCUCGGGACUGGGCUUGCAUGCAUACGUGGCGGCCGGCGGGCAGAACUUUAGUGUCGGCCAACGGCAACUACUGUGCCUGGCGAGAGCUAUUCUGCGUGGCAAUCGCAUCCUAGUGCUGGACGAAGCGACCGCCAACGUCGAUCCGGACACGGAUCGGUUGAUACAGCGUACGAUACGGGAGCAAUUUGUCGACUGCACAGUACUGACGAUAGCCCACCGGCUCAACACGAUCAUGGACUACGAUCGGGUGCUAGUGAUGGAAGGUGGACGUGCGGUCGAAUUCGGACAACCGGCCGAGCUGCUCAAGCACCCCGGAGGCGUUUUUAGCGAAAUAGUACACGCUACCGGAACGAACGAGGCAGAAAAUCUGCUCAAAAUGGCACAAAGUGCCGCGAAUCGGGCACUUACACGCAUAGAAUAGCAUAAGUUGAUGGAAGGCACUUCCAGUACGGUACUUACAGUGGAUAGAGUAGAUGUAAAUUCAUAUCAAAUGUACAAUAAAGUGUGUUGUAGAAAUCA